UGUACUGUUUCAAAGCCAAGUUGCUCUUCUUGUCCUGUUUCCAGUCAAUGCCGUGCAUAUUCACUUUCCCUGGAAAACAGAACCAUUUCCGUGACAGAUUAUCCUACAAAAGUGGUCAAGGCCAAGCCACGGUGCGACUUUUGUUCCGUAUGUGUUUUGGAAAUACUGAACCUGGAGAGGAACCAAUCAGGAGGUAGAUUUGUUCUUGUAAAGAGACCUGAAGAGGGUCUGCUUGCUGGUCUUUGGGAGUUCCCAUCUGUUAUAUUGGAUAAGGAAGCUGGUUUGGCAACAAGGAGGAACGCCAUCAACCUCUACCUUAAGGACGCAUUUCAAGUAGAACCCAAGAAAACAUGCACUAUAGUUUCGAGAAAAGAACUUGGAGAAUUCGUCCACAUUUUCACACACAUACGUCGAAAAGUGUAUGUGGAGCUAUUAGUUGUACAACUGACAGAUGAUCUGUUCAAAGAUCAGGCAAAUGACACUCUGACAUGGAAGUGUGUGGGCAGUGAUGCUCUUUCUACCAUGGGACUGACAUCGGCUGUUAGAAAGGUGUAUUCAAUGGUUGAAGCUCACAAGCAAGGUUCAUCUGUUGCUCCUGGCUCAUCAUAUAGAGCAGCCAUAUCGAGGAAACGAAGAAUCUCAUGAUCUUCUUCUUACACUUUUCUAUUUAUUGCUUAGCUUCUAUAUUUAUUGUUGUAGCAUUCGGAUACUAAGGUCUUGCUUAGUUUUAACCAAAAACACAUUUGAUCUUGGUUUAAAAUUGAACAAUUGGUUCUUUCUACUUAGUAAAGUGACUUGAUGAUCUCUCCAGGGGUUGAUUAUGUAAAUGGUG